AUGUCCUUGUGGAAAAAACAACGAACAGCGGAUAUUGAUGGCUUUGCCAACCCCUCGGUGAUCACUGAUCUGGACGAUCGACCCUAUAUGUUGGUCUUAAAUAACACCAAAGAUACAAUAUGUGUAAUUGAGUUAACCGUAGGCUUUGAAACUAAUAUAACCAAAAAUUGCAAGAGAAAAGCUGCUCGGUACAAAGAUAUCUGCGGGUCCUUGAGACCUCGUUUUAGAAAGGUUAAAUAUUUCAAUCUGUCCAUGGGAGCAAUCGGAAUGAUCAGCAAAGAAUGUAAAGAUUUCUACAAGUUUUUAGACGAAGACAUGUUAUUGGAGGCACCACAAAAAACCUACUUGGUCAAAAAGUUUAUCGGAUGUUGUAUAAGAACUACAUAUUAUCUGUUUUGCAUGAAAGACAAACAAUGGGACACACCUGAACUUCUAUAUUGGGAAUAA